AUGACCGACUCUUCGCUCAUCGCCGAUCUCUCCUCCCGGUUCCCUCUCACCGUCCCCAUCCCUAACCCUCUCUCCCAUCCGCACCUCGUCUCCUUCGCCGACCUCACGACCGAAGAGGACCUCCUUCACAAUCCCGAGAAUCUCCGAUCAUGGCUCUCGUACAUCCAUCAAAUCAAGGACCGGCUCGUCAAAUCCCUUCCUCCCGCAUCUUCCACCCCCUCACCCGAAGAAACGCUACUCGGCCCCCUCUCCUCCCCUGCCGCCCGAGAAGGCCUACAGCACCUCGUAUCGAUAUAUGAGCGCGCUCUCGCCAUAUUUCCCACAUCUUACAAACUCUGGAAAGCGUACUUCCUCACCCGUCAAUCGUACGUCCUCGGCGCGCUCACCCUCGAAGCUGCGAAGGCUCGGGCGGAACAAGCAAAGAGAGGCGCGGCGUUCAAGACGAACGUCCAGGAGAUACUGGAGGGUGCGGAAGAUGCGAAUCAGUGGAUUGGGGGAUUGGACGGCGUGGUGGGGUAUGAAGAAUGGCGGGCGUUGUUUGCGACGGGAGAGAGGAUGUUGGGGUGGUUGCCCCAUUUGCCGGUCCCGUGGUUGUUGCACCUGUCGAUGGUGCUCCACCCGAAAUGCCCGGCGCCGUUCAAGCGGACGUAUGCGAGGCGGACGUUUGAUAGGGCGUUGAGGACGUUGCCGCCGAGUUUGCAUGGGAGGGUCUGGGGCGUGUAUUUGAGAUGGGCGGAGAUGAUGGGUGGAGAAGCGGGAGAAAGGGUAUGGAGGCGGUUCCUCAAGGUCGACUCAUCCCUCACCGAACGCCACAUUGCCUACCUCCUCGACGCCUCCCCACCUCGUACCCUCUCCGCAGCGAAAUACCUGCUUCUGAUCUCUCGCCGCGCGUCCAAAAACAACUUCAUCUCGUCCGACGGGAAAUCGCCAUAUCAGCUCUUUGUCGACUUCCUCGAGCUGGUCGAGCGGUACGCGGAGGAUGUGGGCAUGGACGAGGAGGACACAUUGAAGCUCCAGCAAGAGCGCAAGAUGCUCCAGGAGGAGGCGCACGUGGAUGCUACUCGAGCUGAGGCUGGGGAUGACGGCGAGGUCGGGGCAGAAGAGGGCGGACCGGGAAUUGUCGAGCCGGCAUCGGUCGCGGGACGGUUGAUGCGGAUCGCGGGACCGCCUGGGAAGAAGGAGGAGGCACCCGCCCCGGAGGCAUACGACCCGGAUACGGACCCUGCCAACCCGCGCCAACUCGACGUGGAGGGUAUCGUCGAGCGGGACGGGCUCGCCAUGUACAAGGACCAGGCCGGGCGGCUAUGGACCGGUCUCGCUACAUACUGGAUCAAGCGGGGCGAGUUUGACCGCGCCACGCGGACCUUCGAGCGCGGUCUAGCGGCGGUGGUUACCAUCCGGGACUUUACGCAGAUAUUCGACGCGUACGCCGAAUUCUCUGAAACAAUGAUUUCAACCCUGAUGGAUGCGCUGGCGGACGAGGAUAACCUCGAGGACCCCGAUUUCGACGCGGAGGAUACCGAGACGGAGCUAGAUGAGCGGAUGAAGGCGUUUGAGGAAUUGAUGGAUCGGCGUCCAUUCAUCGUGAAUGAGGUGCUUCUCAGGCGGAAUCCGAACGAGGUGGUAGAGUGGGAAAAGAGGGUGGCGUUAUGGGCGGACAAUGAUGAGAAGGUGGUUCAAACGUAUCUGGAGGCGAUUGAGACGAUCAAUCCCAGAAAAGCGACGGGGGCGCUUUAUCCUGUUUAUGUCAACUUUGCCAAGUUUUACGAGGAGGGCGGGAGCAGGCGGGAUGAUGGGGAGACGGGCGGUGAGCCGGAUCUAGAAGAGGCGCGGAAGGUGUUGGAGAAGGCGACCAAGGUGCCGUAUAAGAAUGUGGAUGAGUUGGCGGAGGUGUGGUGUGAGUGGGCAGAGCUGGAGUUGAGGAAUGAGAAUUAUGAUGAGGCGGUGAGGAUUAUGCAGCGUGCAACGAAUGUACCGAAAAAUACUAAGGUGGACUUUUACAACGAUUCGCUCUCGCCCCAGGCCCGCCUGUUCAAAUCGCUCAAACUCUGGUCCUUCUAUUCUGACCUCGAGGAGUCUAUCGGCACGGUCGAGUCCACCAAGGCGGUCUAUGACAAGAUCAUGGAGUUGAAGAUUGCCAACGCGCAGACUAUCAUCAACUAUGCUGGAUUCUUGGAGGAGAACAAGUACUUUGAGGAGUCUUUCAAGGUAUACGAACGCGGCAUCGAGCUCUUCCACUUCCCCGUCGCCUUUGAAAUCUGGAACAUCUACCUAUCCAAAUUCGUCAAGCGGUACGGCGGCAAAAAACUCGAACGUGCACGCGACCUAUUUGAACAAUCCCUCGAAGACUGCCCCCCCAAAUUCUGUAAACCCCUCUACCUCAUGUACGCCAAGCUCGAGGAAGAGCACGGACUCGCCAAGCGCGCCAUGGGCAUCUACGACCGUGCCUCCACCACCGUGCAAGAGACAGACCGGUUCGAGAUGUUUACCAUCUACAUUGCGAAGGCGGCGGCGAAUUUCGGAUUACCGGCUACAAGGCCGAUCUAUGAGCGCGCGAUCGAGGGGCUGCCAGAUGGAGAGACGGCGCGGAUGUGUCGGCGGUUUGCGCAGAUGGAGAGGAAGCUUGGGGAGAUUGAUCGUGCGAGGGCAAUCUACGCGCACGCGAGCCAGUUCUGCGAUCCGAGGAUCGUUCCGGACUUUUGGGCGGAAUGGAACUCGUUCGAGACAGUCGACACCGGAUCAGAAGACACCUUCCGCGAGAUGCUCCGGAUCAAGCGCGCAGUCCAAGCAUCCUACAAUACCGAAUCGUCAUUCAUCGCCGCCCAGACCGCCGCGGCUCGCAAGGCCGCCGGCACAGGCAACGGCACACUUCCAACGGACGAAGCGGCCGCUACUGCCAAAGACGCCGCAGACCCCAUGGCCAACCUUGAGCGGGAGACUGCGACGGUGGGCGGUAUGGGUGUAGGAGCGGGCGGAAGAAAACCGGCGCCGAGCUUUGUGGCGAGUACGCUCAAGAAGACGAAUGAGAAUGGGAUUGAUGAGUCUGAGGCGGGGGCGGAUGGGGAGGGAGAGGGCGGAGGGGAAGGAGGGGUGGUCAAUCCCGAGGCGAUCGAUAUUGAGGAUGAUGAUCUGUAG